CUGACGUCACAUGCGUGGCUCUUGUAACGCGCUUAUGCAAAAUGUUUUGUAACUAUGAGAUUACAGUGAGGGGUUUUACUUACAAGUGUCAUUUGGCGCAGCCGUCGUAGGAAUCCGCGCGUAAGAAUCUAAUCACUGCUCUGUGGCUGCAGGAUGGCCUCGGUGCCCAGAGUCACGCUGUCCGGAGGUUUGGAGAUCUGCCGGGUCCUGAACGGGAUGUGGCAGGUGUCCGGGGCCCACGGGCUGGUGAAUGAAGCCCGAGCAGUUGAGGCCAUGCAGGCCUACGUGGACGCAGGCCUGACCACAUUUGACAUGGCAGACAUUUAUGGGCCUGCAGAGGAGAUAUUUGGACAGUUCAACAGCCAGCUGAAGUCCAAAUCAUCUGGCAGUCCCAGCCCAGCUCUGCAGGGUUUGACCAAGUGGGUGCCGAGACCAGGACCGAUGGAUCGUAAGAAGGUGGAGAAGGCUCUGCUGCGCUCCAUGUCCCGUAUGCAGGUGGACACUCUGGACUGUGUUCAGUUCCACUGGUGGGUCUAUGACGACAAGAGGUACCUGGACGCACUGGGACACCUGUCCGACCUGCAGCAGGAGGGGCUCAUACGAGAGCUGUCUCUCACCAACUUUGACACUCAGAGGCUGGAGGAGAUCACCAGCAGGGGCAUCCGCAUCUCCAGCAACCAGGUUCAGUACUCUCUGAUUGACCAGCGUCCAGCAGCGAGGAUGCAGGAGUUCUGCCUGGCUAACGACAUUCAGCUCCUCACUUACGGCACUUUAGCUGGAGGUCUGCUGUCGGAGCGUUAUCUGGGGAAGGCGGAGCCUAAAUCCCGGGCGGAGCUCUACACCGCCUCCCUCUCCAAGUACAAGAACAUGAUCGACGCUUGGGGCGGCUGGAGCCUCUUCCAGGACCUCCUUGUCACCUUGGAGACUGUUGCCAAGAGACACGGCUGCUCAGUGGCCAGCGUGGCGACGCGCUACAUCCUGGACCGCCCCGCAGUGGGCGGGGUCAUUGUGGGCUGCGGCCUCGGCGUCGCAGGGGCGGGGCAACACAUCAGCGACAGCCUGCGCAGCUGCAGCCCCGAGCUGAGGCUGACGGCGGAGGACCACGCCGCCAUCGAAGCGGUGACACGGCGCUCCAGGGACCUCAUGGCGCACAUCGGCGACUGCGGGGACGAGUACAGGAACUAAAGAGGGGGAGGAGGAGGGGGGGCAGAUGAAGAGGGGAAGGAGAAGGAAGUGCUGAGCGGCAUGGCUGUCGUGGAAAAAACACCCUUAUUGUCUUGGGCCAAAAGGGUACAAAUGGUGUUGAAGAUAUCAUUUGUUCGAAAUCGUUGCCACUUUCUAUAUUCGUUAAAACGCUCUGCUGUGGCUGUUCUGCUUUUCAUAAUCUAGAGACGAAAUAACUGAGGCAAACAAACAAGACAAACGAGAACCCAGAUUGCCUCCAGUGAGCUUUUUAAUUUACCUUUACAAUGUGUGGAGAUCACCUGCUACACAUAAGGUGUAAAUAUUUCACUGACUCGCUGCAGUCAAACAGGCGAAUCAGGUUCCUCCUAUAGCUUACACCGCUUCAGGGCUUCUUAACGUGUGGGAGAAGAGUUUUACUCAGACAAGUGAGCGCACAACCUUCAGUUUAAGCUGUCAAUUAUUUUGGAAAGAGAGGAAUCAGAAACAUUUAUACAACUUUGUGAAUCAAGGACUGCACCUCAGUUUACACGACUGUGACCCACUUAUAUUGAAACUCAGCGUCUGAAGCUGUGGAUUCCAAACCUUUUUUUUCUCUUUUCUAAGUGAAAACACACGUUCUGUAAGUUAAAUGAACAUUUUCUAUACAAAGAAAAUGAGUCAAAACUCUGAAUGAAUGUAUUGUUAAGGCGAAUAAUAAAACUUUGCAUUUUU